CCUUCCACCGGAGCAAAAGCGCGGGCUCUGUGACUAAAAUCAGUGGAAGAAGAGAAGAUGAAGAAAGCAGAGUACUUUAGCAAGGACUUUGAUUGGGACGAGCUGAGAGUUGAGGUGGAAAACGACCCGUCGUUUAGGUACCACUUGGUUCCUUUCCAACACUCUCUUUCAGUUGCAGAAGAAAAAGAAGAAGCUGAAUCUCAGCCGUGGAAUGAGUUUCAUCACCGUCAUGCAUCUGGGAAGUUCUUCAAGGAAAGGCGAUAUUUGCUGCAAGAAUUCCCUGAGUUGGUUAGCUGUGAGGGGAAUUCCAGGGUUUUGGAGGUGGGGUGUGGUAAUGGCAGCACUGUUCUUCCAAUAUUGAGGGGAAACGAGAAGGUCACUGUUUACGCAUGUGAUUGUAGCACUGAGGCCCUUGAGAGAGUUAAGGAGACUAUUUAUGCUUCUAACCUUGUUUCUAUUGAGCAUCGCUUCCAUACAUUUUGUUGUGAUUUCUCUACCUCUGGGUUUCCCACAUGGUUGAAUGGAAAUCCUAAUCAGGCAAAUGGUAAACAAACUUCAGAUAGUAGAGGGAAAAACGAAAGCAAUCUUAAUGAUUCACAUUCAUUGAAAGAAAGCAGAUGUUAUAUUGGUGGAGUUGAUUUUAUUACCUUGAUAUUCACACUUUCGGCGCUAUCACUUCAGAGGAUGCCAAAGUCCAUCAAGGAAUGUUUUUCUGUUAUGAAACCUGGAGGCCUGCUCCUAUUUAGGGAUUAUGGCCUUUAUGACAUGAGCAUGCUUCGGUUUGAGACAGACAAAAGAGUGGGAUUCCGGGAGUAUAUGCGAUCAGACGGAACACACUCUUAUUUCUUCUGUUUGGAUACCGUAAGAAAUCUAUUUACAGGAGCAGGCUUUAUUGAGAUUGAGCUUGAGUACUGCUGUGUUAAGUCGGUGAAUCGUCGAAAUGGGAAGAGCAUGCGAAGGGUUUGGGUUCACGGAAAGUUCCAAAAGCCUGUAUGAACUAUGAAGUCUAUUGCUGGGAUGCUUAUUGAAGAACUCUGCAUGCUUGAAGUCUAUUGGCUAUUUCUAAAAUGCAAUUUCCUGUGUCUAACAAUUUCAUGGAUCUGCAUCAUGGUAAAGGCGCACAGACUUGGUUCUCGGUUGAAUAUCUCAGCAACUGCUGUGUGAGGUCGAAGACUGAAAUUAAAUGUAAAAGAGCGGAAGUUUUUGCCUAAUGAAAUCAUUAUUGAGUAAUCUAUAUGUUUUAGGUGGAUACUUGUUGAGCUAAUCUACAUUGCCAAUGAUGAUAUAUUUCACAA